AUUAGCCAAACACUGACAAAUCAAUUGAUUAUCACAUUUCCUAUUCAUUAAUACCUAUUGUGUGAUAAGGGUUUGAGAUAAAGGCAUAAAAAACUUGUGUCGUAUUUACAGUGAAUGGAUGGGUAGUAGUUAUACCUAAUGUGAGGGUUGGGAGGUGGACAGUCAGUGUUGGUAAUGGGGAACAGUAGCCCUAAUGUGAAUAAUUAUCAAAAAAAUUAUAUAUCGCUAAAAGUGCUUUACAACUUUGGCAACUUAGUUUUAUAAUUAUUUUUAUAACAAUUAUAAGCGAUUAAUAAAUAGACUACCUGUCCCCUACAUCCUAGUGCCCUAUCUAUGAGUGUUUGUAUUUAUUAAAUGUCUGUUUUAGACGUCUCUCAACACAAUUGAAACGCAACUAAAAUCUCGUAAAAUUCAAUAAACUAUUCAUAAUUGACUCAUAAAUAUAUUGCCCUAAAAACCAUACGCCAUGUCCGAGGAGGGGAACGGUAUGUUAACCGCGAACGUGGGGAACGGCAUCGACGGACGACUCGAGAACUUUGACAUAGAGAAGCGCAUAGGAAAGGGCCAGUUCUCGGUCGUAUACAAAGCCCGAUACCGACCUACCGGUGCGAUCGUAGCGCUGAAAAAGAUGCAAAUCUUCGAGAUGUUGGACGCGAAGGCCCGGUAUGAUUGCAUCAAGGAGAUUAACCUGCUACAACAGCUGGAUCACCCCAAUGUGAUCAAGUACCUGUGCUCGUUCAUCGAGAAUAACGACUUGUAUAUAGUGUUGGAGUUGGCGGAUGCCGGUGACCUGUCCAGGCUCAUUCAUUAUUUCAGACGCGAGGGUAGACUCAUACCGGAGCCCACUAUCUGGAAGUACUUCGCGCAGGUAUGCGUGGCGUUGGAGCACAUGCACGGCAAACGGGUGAUGCACCGGGAUAUAAAGCCGGCUAAUGUUUUUAUGACUUCCCAGGCCGUAGUCAAGUUGGGUGACCUCGGGUUGGGUCGAUUCUUCAGCUCCCGUACCACAGACGCCCACUCGCUGGUGGGGACCCCCUAUUACAUGUCACCGGAGCGUAUCAACGAGUCGGCCUACGACUUCAAGUCGGACAUCUGGUCGCUGGGAUGCCUACUGUACGAGUUGGCGGCCCUCCAGUCGCCCUUUUAUGGCGAGAAAAUGAAUUUGUAUUCGUUGUGCAAAAAGAUUGAGACCUCGACCUACCCUCCCAUCCCGUCGGACACCUACUCACGCGAGUUGCGGACAUUAGUGGGCGAUUGCCUCCAGACUAACCCCGACCGGCGUAUCGAUACGGCGGGUGUCGUACGGGUGGCCAACGCUAUGCGCGCCAAGUUUGAG